AUGACAGCGUUACCUAGGAGAAUUAUCAAGGAAACUCAACGCUUGAUGCAAGAGCCUGUUCCUGGAAUAAGUGCUGUGCCGGACGACAGUAACGCACGAUACUUUCAUGUAAUUGUCACCGGUCCUGAAGAUUCACCGUUCGAAGGAGGAUUAUUUAAGUUGGAGCUUUUUCUACCGGAGGAUUAUCCUAUGUCUGCGCCAAAGGUUCGAUUUAUUACGAAAAUAUACCACCCUAACAUUGACAGACUUGGCCGCAUUUGCUUGGACAUUCUAAAAGAUAAGUGGAGCCCGGCCCUUCAAAUUAGAACGGUGCUUUUGUCUAUUCAAGCCCUUCUUAGUGCUCCAAAUCCAGAUGACCCGUUGGCUAACGAUGUUGCUGAACUGUGGAAAGUAAAUGAAGCCGAAGCCAUCCGUAACGCGAAAGAGUGGACAAGAAGAUAUGCAAUGGACAAUUGA